GAAAGGAAAUCAGGCACUGCCUGCCGGCUUCUCAUCUGUUGAUCUGACCUGACUUGAAGCAUCCAAAGGACGACAGCUGUCAGCUCUGCUGGACUGAGGACCCACCAGCUCCCCCAGACAUCGCAUAGCAACCUGACCACUCAUGCAAGGGGGGAAAUGAAACAUGUGGGACUCAACACCUGAGCAGAAUGGAAUAACUGUUUUUUCCCAAGGAGAAAAAGGAGAUAAAAGAGGGCAAACAGUUUAAGUCGCAGUCCCUGUGAAUGGGCUUUCAGAAGGCAAUUAAAGAAGUCCACUCAGAGAGGACCUGGGGUGGGACUUGGGUCCUGUGGCUUUCUGAGUGUAAGUGGAAGCUGGCCUUACACACGCUGCUGGCAAAUGUCAGAUGGGAUAAAAGGAGCAGGUUAAGUGGCCGUCAAAGUACUUCCAGGCGGAAUCAGGAACCCAGGUUCUGCAGCAAGCUCUAAGGAACCUGGAGCAGGAGGAGAGAGCAAACUUGAACAUGACCUGUUGCAUUUGGCAAGUUCCAGCAACAUGCUCCUAAGGAAGCGAUGCAGGCAUGGACCAUGCAGACUGCAAUUCCUGCUGCUCUUCCUGAUGCUGGGAUGCGUGCUGCUGAUGGUGUCUGUGCUGCACCCUCCCCCGCAGGCCCUGCACCAGGCUGGCACGGCCCAGGCCGCCCAGCACAGCCCUGAAGCUGGGUACCGCCUGGACUUCGGGGAAUCCCAAGAAUGGGUGCUGGAGUCUGAAGACGAAGACCAGGAGUACAGCCCCUUGGAGGGCCUGCCACCCUUAAUCUCGCUGCGGGAGGAUGAGCUCCUCGUGGCCGUGGCUUCACCCAGGGUCAGAAGGAACCAGAGCCAGGGCAGGAGAGGUGGCAGCUACCGGUUCAUCAAGCAGCCGAGCAGGAGGCUGGACCAGGAGGCCCCAGAGAAGGACUGGGGAGCCGAGGAGGAGGGCGAGGGGGUGUCUGAAGAAGAUGAGCUGACCGAGCUCAGCCUGGAGGAGGCGCUCAGCGCCCGUGUCCCCCUGCAGAGGGCGCUGCCCGAGGUACGGCACCCACUGUGUCUGCAGCAGCAGCCUGAGGACAGCCUGCCCACGGCGAGCGUCAUCCUCUGUUUCCACAAUGAGGUCUGGUCCACCCUCCUGAGAACUGUGCACAGCAUCCUGGACACCGCACCCAGGGCCUUCCUGAAGGAAGUCAUCCUCGUAGAUGACCUCAGCCAGCAAGGACAGCUCAAGACUGCUCUCAGCGAAUACGUGGCCAGGCUGGAGGGGGUGAGGCUGCUCAGGAGCAACAAGAGGCUGGGCGCCAUCAGGGCCCGGAUGUUGGGAGCCACCAGGGCCACUGGGGACGUGCUGGUCUUCAUGGACUCCCACUGCGAGUGCCACCCGGGCUGGCUGGAGCCCCUCCUCAGCAGAAUAGCUGGUGACAGGAGCCGGGUGGUGUCUCCAGUCAUAGAUGCGAUUGACUGGAAGACUUUCCAGUAUUACCCCUCCAAGGACCUGCAGCGGGGUGUGUUGGACUGGAAGCUGGAUUUCCGCUGGGAGCCCUUGUCGGACAGUGAAAGGAAAGCCCUCCUGUCCCCCAUCAGCCCCAUCAGGAGCCCUGUGGUGCCCGGCGGGGUCGUGGCCAUGGACAGACAUUACUUCCAAAACACUGGAGCGUAUGACUCUCUCAUGUCACUGCGGGGUAGUGAAAACCUCGAACUGUCUCUCAAGGCCUGGCUUUGCGGUGGCUCGGUUGAAAUCCUCCCCUGCUCUCGGGUGGGCCACAUCUACCCAAAUCAGGAUGAUGGCGUCUCACUUGACCAGGAGGCCACCCUGCUGAACAAGGUGCGCAUUGCUGAGGCCUGGCUGGGCUCAUUCAAAGAAACCUUCUACAGGAACAGCCCAGAAGCCUUCUCCUUGAGCAAGGUUGAGAAGCCGGACUGCACAGAACGCCUGCAGCUGCAAAGGAGACUGGGUUGUCGAACGUUCCACUGGUUUCUGGCCAAUGUCUACCCUGAGCUGUACCCAUCUGAACGCAGGCCCAGGUUCUCUGGAAAGCUCCACAACACUGGACUGGGCUUCUGUGCAGACUGCCAGGCAGAAGGGGACCUCCUGGGUUGCGCCCUGGUGCUGGCUCCUUGCAGUGACAACCGGCGGCAACAGCAUCUGGAUCACCCCGGCAGGAAGGAGAUCCACUUUGGCAGCCCACAACACCUGUGCUUCGAUGUCAGGCGAGAGCAGGUGAUUCUUCAGAACUGCACCGCAGAAGGCCCUGCCAUCCAUCAGCAGCACUGGGACUUACAGGAGAAUGGAAUGAUUGUUCACAUUCUUUCUGGGAAAUGCAUGGAAGCUGUGGUGCAGGAAAACAAUAAAGAUUUGUACUUGCGCCAGUGUGAUGGAAAAGCCAGCCAGCUGUGGCGAUUUGACAACGUCAGGCCUGUGGAUGAACGAUGAAUGCCAGUGUC